AUGUUAUGGAAAAUUCUUAACUCUAAGGAAGAGUGGGCUCAGUUCUUUAAUGCAAAAUUUAAGGAUAAAUAUGGAUUGUGGAUUACUUCAUGGAAACAAUCAUCUAUUUGGAAAGGGCUGAAAUGGGCUUGGAACUACUUAAAAGAAGAUGUAAGGUGGUGUGUAGGGAAUGGCUCCAAUAUAUCAGUUUGGUUUGAUACAUGGGUUGGAGAUUUACCAUUGGUAAAUCAGGUAGCAAGUUUGUUAAAUGGAAAAGUUUGGUGCAUUCCUACUGAGUUACAACAAUUAUUACCCAACUCUUGCUUACCUGAAAUUGGCAAUGGUGAAGAUCAGAUGAUAUGGACUGGGCACAAGAAUGGGAAGUUUGUUACUUCAGCAACAUGA